AGAGAACCAUCACGCGCUUUACGGGGGCCAUCCGCGUUUUGCUCUCUCGCCCCCUUUCAAGUUUCAACUGUCAAAUCAAACGACCACACAAAUACAGAUUUCAAAUAAUUUUCCACUAUCCGAAUCCUUCCUUCCUUCGAUUCCUCUCCAUAAUCCUUAACAGCGAAGAAAUCAAGAACACACAGAAGAUAACAGAGAGAGAUCAGUAAUCUUCGAGAAAUUCGAUCGAAAAGAGUAAUCUUAGAUGGAUCAGGAUCACCAGCAAAAGCAAGGUAAUCAAACUGAGACGAAGAAAAUGGAGGGCGAUAAAUCCUCAACAUACGCCCCUUACCCGAAACUAGAACCAGAAGAUGUCGCUCCUCCUCCACCACCUGGAGCCGCCGCCGCUGCUGCUACUAAUCAGGAGAAUUGGGGUACCUUUGUGAUGGGAACUCAAUCGCAAGGCGAUCCUUCGACGCCGAAUAAGCCGCAUAAACAGGUGAGUUGGAGCUCUGAUUUGGAGAAGGAAGGUCCUCAUGGAACCGCCGCCGAAAACCGUGCCACUACAAUGCCAUCUGAAUCCAAUCCUUACAUCUCUUCUUCGCCUGGGACGUCGGCAUCAACGUCCAUCAAGGAUAAGAUGGAUACGGUUCGCGAUGUUCUUGGGAGGUGGGGAAAGAAAGUGGGAGAAGCCACCAAGGGGGCGGAGGAUCUGACUAGAAACAUGUGGCAACACUUGAAGACAGCACCAAGUGUCGCGGAUGCUGCCAUGGGAAGGAUUGCUCAGGGAACUAAAGUUCUAGCAGAAGGUGGUUAUGAGAAGAUCUUCAGACAGACCUUUGAGACUACUCCUGAGGAGCAACUUAAAAAGUCUUAUGCAUGCUACUUGUCAACAUCAGCUGGCCCAGUUAUGGGAAUUUUGUAUCUCUCCUCUGCAAAACUUGCAUUUUGCAGUGACAGUCCUCUUUCAUACAAAGUUGGAGACCAAACUGACUGGAGCUAUUAUAAGGUGGUUAUCCCAUUGCAUCAGCUUAAAGCAGUUAAUCCUUCAGCAAGUAAAGUCAAUGCAGCUGAGAAAUACAUCCAAAUUAUCUCUGUUGACAACCACGAAUUUUGGUUCAUGGCCUUUGUAAACUAUGACAGUGCUGUUAUCAAUCUACAAGACGCCUUGCAGGGCUUUAACUUACAAUCUGUGUGAUAGUAGCUGUGUACUCUUGGGAUAUGUCUCACUUGCUGCUGAGAUGUUGAUUGGAUGAUGAUUAUGUUUGGUGCUUUGGAUACUAAACAUAUGUGGAUAAGAGGAAGUAAGAAACUGCUGUUGUAUGCUCCCAUCUAUUUUGAGUAACUUGUAUGAUUCUCCUGUAUUGGACCUUAGCAUCUGUAUUUUAUUUUGUGAUACAAUUUGGGGAGUAGAUAGAAAUUGUUUAAUUUGGGUAUAUUGGUUUUCAGCUUACAUGUUGUAAUUACUCAAAUUACUCUUUUUAGAAGGGAGUAAGUGAUGAAUUUAUUUGAUAUUGGAUUA